GACCAUCAAAGAAGUCGCUGAGAUGUUUGAUACUGGGAGGGUUAAGGUGCUCUGUACAAUAUAUGAUAUUGACAGAGAUUGGUCGUGGUAUUAUAUUGCCUGUAGGAAAUGCAAUAAGAAAGUGUCUAAGGUUGUCACAACUUCUCUCAAGCCACAAUUCUGGUGUGACUCUUGCCGAUCACCUGUGUGCAAUGUGGUUGCAAGGUACAAGCUACAUGUUAAAGUAAUGGAUUCAACUGGUGAGAUGAAGCUGAUGCUUUUUGAUAGUAUGGCUUCUGAGAUUGUUGGCUGUCCAGCAAACAGUCUCCUUGAUAAAUGUCUUGCAAGACCGGACUAUUAUGGUAAUGAAUUGUGA